GGCGGCGGCUGGGGCAGGGCGCGGGGCCUCGGGGCGCAGAGGGCGGCUGCCGCCUCCGCCCGCCGCGGGGAUGAGCGCCUCGGCCGCCACCGGCGUCUUCGUCCUCUCCCUCACUGCCAUCCCUGUCACGUACCUCUUCAACUCCCUGGCGGCGGCCGGCAGUUCCUGGGCAAUCGUUGCAGUUGGAUUGCUGGUUCUGGUUUUUAUUGCUCUGUUGGCUCGUGUUCUUGUCAAAAGAAAACCACCAAAAGACCCGCUGUUCUAUGUUUAUGCUGUAUUUGCCUUUACCAGUGUAGUGAAUCUAAUAAUUGGACUGGAACAGGAUGGAAUUAUUGAUGGAUUCAUGACUCAUUACUUGAGAGAGGGUGAACCAUAUCUGAACACUGCAUAUGGCCAUGUGAUCUGCUAUUGGGAUGGCUCCGUUCAUUAUCUGAUGUACCUUCUGAUGGUGGCAGCUAUUGCAUGGGAACAAAGCUAUAGGACCAUUGGCCUCUACUGGCUAGGUUCCAUUAUUAUGAGCAUCAUUGUCUUUAUGCCUGGAAACAUUGUGGGCAAAUAUGGAACAAAAGUGUGUCCUGCUUUUUUCUUAAGUGUACCAUAUAUUUGCCUUCCCAUAUGGGCUGGGUUCCGAAUUUAUAACCAACCUUCGGUGACUCAUGACACUCCAGUCAAGGUGGUUCAGGAGGUCCAGAAGAAAGGACUCUUAAGACGACCAAUAGAUUUAAUGUUAGCUGCAUACCUCAUUCUAGCAACGGUGUUUUGCAUAUUCAGAGGCAUGAUUGCUCUGGAUUGCCCUGCUGAACUCUGCCGGCUAUAUAUUCAACUUCACGAGCCUUAUAUAAAAGACCCUGCUGCCUAUCCUAAGCUUCAGAUGCUGGCAUACAUGUUCUACUCUGUGCCUUACCAUGUGGUUGCUCUGUAUGGCCUACUGGUGCCUGGUUGUUCCUGGAUGCCCGAUUUAACCCUUAUACAUGCUGGAGGACUAGCUCAGCUUGUUCUAGGCACAAGUGAAAAACCAUGGUCUGACAAAAACUGAUUAAGAGAACUGUAUGCUGCCGCACACUUCUCACAUUUUAUCCUGAUUCAAAAAACAUUUCUUUACCUUUGGGAGGUUUUUUUUUUGUAGUUUUUAUUUUAAUGCACUGCAGAAGGAACUUCAGUCAUUCCACAACUGGACAUGAUUUAACUGAUUUGACUUGGUGAACUGUGAGCAACCUGGGAUGAAAAAUGUGUGUGACAGUGAAUUGAGGACUUCGUAUUAUUUUGGGGUUUGGUCAUUUUGAUGCACAAAACAUUUCCAGGUUUGUCUACUGUUUAAGCUAAAACUUUGUAAUUGAUAAUUAAAACAUAUGUAGCUACUGAAACAUAUUUUGCUUUAUAUUCUGCACAGAAGUGCAAUAACAGCAAAUAUCUAAUGAUGGAAACAGUGGGCAUUUCUCCCUGGGGAUGAACAUGCUCCUACAGAUGGGGAAUGUGGAGAUUUUAAUUAUUUUUAUUUCUAUCAUUAUGAAGUAUAUACUUUUUACAAAAGUAAGUGUCAAAAUACCAUGUGAUACAUCUAAACUAAGAACCUCUGAAAGUGCCUAGCCUUUCUCACACAGAGCAAUAUUUACAGUUUUUCAGAAUUACAUAUAGAACUCAGCUUGAAUUAUUCCAUUACUAACUUUCAGACUCCAAAACCAGGUUGUGACCUUCAUUAGACUUUCUGAAGCUUCAGAAAGAGCUCUUUAAAUGCCAUAUAACUAAAGUAGCAGGAGCUUUGCUGAUACAAAAGGGUUGGAAGAGCCUCUGGACUUGAUUAAAUUGCUAUUUCCCUAUGCAAGUGAGCCACAUGAGAAGGGAUGAAGAGCCAUACCCCUGCUAUCCAAAGCCGUUCUGCCUCACCAACUCCCCAUAGCCCACUUCCCUAUCCUCUCUGAUGUAGAAAGUUUUUCUCUACUCCUUCUCCAUUUAAGUGUUUUCCAUAAUCCUGCAAUUUUGGUGGCUUGUUUCUGAAGUGCUUCUUUGUCUUACAUGAGAACAUAAAACCAAGAACAGUUUUUUCCAGGUUACUCUCUCCCCACUCUAUUUGAUGGCUUUCAAUGGCCUCGUAAAACAUGGUCCAAACCCCUCCAGAGUUACAGUCUUGGCUUGAUUUUAGUCAGUUUUAGAGAGAAAGCACAAAGUAAAGGCCUCCUAACCUUUUCUGGGCCCUUCUCUGUCCCUAGCUAGAGGGUUUUCUUGACUGCAGGGUAAGAAACAUUCAUAAUAUUGCCUAUGAUUAGGCUACAGGCAAAAAAAUACUGUAAAAAAAAAAAUCCAAACCCAAACUAUUUCAUACAAAGUAGCUUAAUGAGUAGCAGGCAGAUGCCAAUUGCAGCUGCCAAGUUGACCAGUGGCAUGUCCAGCACCAGGCACCUUCAAUUGCUGUGGGACAGCCUGAUCAGCAGAGCAGCCGAGGCAAAGCGACCUUAGAAGUUUGGUGGCAGCAUCUCAGUUGGUUUAUUUCUCAGCCAUGGUUUAGGGGUUUGAUCCUCAAAAUUUUCCAUGUAAAGUGUUCAAUAACAGGAAGCACCAAGGAAUGGCUUAUUUGCUGAGAGGACCUGAUCAUGGCAAGGGAACGCAGACUCCAGGCUGCUCUCGCUUACCACAAUGCCAGCCUACUGCACAACAGGCACAGAGAUCUGCAGUAACUAGCAGCUCUUGUCUUACUGCUUAAAAUUAUGGAUUUGGUGCAAGUCUGCCUGGUACUUGAAAGAACAACAGGACUGGAAUAGUGGUAAGUGAGAGAUCUGCUUUUAAGAUGUAUCCUCUACCCCAAAGGAUUUAAAAAAAAAAAAAAAAAAAAAGGCAAGCAGAAGCACAGUACAGUCAUGGAAACAAAACACACGAGAUUAAAGACAUAACACAGUUUCCACAGAGGCAAAUCGAAUUAAAAAAGUUACUUUAACAAACCUAAAUAUCCUCCCUGGUAACGAAAGGAAAAAGCAAUAUGUUAUGUUGAAAAACAAGUCUAAUAAACAAUAACUUAAUUAUAUGGUACAUCAUUAGCUAGUAAAAAUCUUCACGGGCUACAAAUAGAGCAAGUGUUUCUGCUUUUCCCUUUUAAAAUGCUCAAAGCUGACUAAUCUGCCACAACUCUUGUGAGGUACAACACAGUAAGGCUUAGGUCUUCAAAGGUAUCUAGGAGGCUGUGGGAACUCUGGGGCUCUCGGAAGCAGCCCCUUGCAGCUUUUUCUGACAAGACUUACUAUGAAUUUAUGAAUUUACUAUCAACUUACUAUGAUGCGUGGCUGUCCACUCUUGGAGACUGGCAGGCCUUGCAGUCCUCCACGGAGAAGUACGUAGCUUAGCAGCCCAUUUGCCCCUGAAGCGACUCUAAAAUCCUGCCAGGAGGCUGUUAGCAUCGAGGUAAACAUCAGACAGACCCAAACCUCCUACCUGAAAGCGGCGGUAGCUGGCUAGCUCCUUGGGAACUGGUGCCCCACAUAACGAGAGGGCUUUGCUGCUGAGCACUAAUUCUCUGGCUGCCCAGGCCGAGAUGGCUCCCGAGGCGAGGAGAGGGACAGGGAUCUGACCAAACCACCCAGGUACCAAAGGCAAUUCCUGCCUGAGACAGGUGAGAACAGACAGGCUGUAAGAGACAUCCUGACUUAUAAGGCUGAUAUAGAAAGGCUGCUGAUAGUGUGCUCCUGAACAUCUGCUUACUGUGUAAUAGCUAUUUACUGAAACAUGCUAAGUGGCACUCUGCUGAAGUGUGUUUGUAUUUGAUUUCUUUGAUUACUCCGUUUCCUGACUCAGGUUUGCUAGAUCAGCUCUCCCUAUUCAGUGGAGGUGAUUAGAACCACCUGAAAACUGAUUUCCUCUUCUGUUUUUGAUGUACGGUCUCAGCCUAACCUUUGGCUAGAGGGGUGUGUAUUAAACCACCUGGACUGUAUUUCACUUUCUACUUUGCUAAGUGUGAACAGAACUGUGUUCUCUGCGGGCACAGACUAACUCCUGCCGAAGCCAGAACAGAGGAUGUGAUUUGGCCAUAGUGUACUCUUGUGUUACUAAACUCCUGGUGACCCUUUCUCCUGCUCUGCUUAAGAUCAAAUUGAUGUUUACCUUCUGAGAUCUCCUCUACUGUUAAGUAACUAAUAAUAAAAAAAAUUGGACACACAAUAGUUAAUGUGAACAAGCUGUGGCUUGAAAUAGCAGGUAACAGAUGGAGACAAAAGACAGUAACUACCCUGACACUUCUAUCUUUAAAUGUUUGUUUAUGCUAAAAAUAUGCUUCAGCCCAGCAAGCUUGUCUUUGCAUAUAACCUUCACUGUAAACUUAACCUAUACUUCAGAACCGCCCCCAGCCCAAAAGCCAAAUACUGCAGACAUUUUCUGAAAUCCCCAGGAGUUCAGGGAUCAGGAUCUGGAAGACUGGGCCUAAGAUGAAACAAAAAAACCAAUCCCAGAACUAACAUAGCUUCCAAGGUUUCACUUUCUAACUUUAUUCGGGCUGAGUGAGCGUCUGCUUCCCGCCGGUGCCAAACAGAACAUUCCUCGGGCGGUGGGUGCGAGUCCCACCCCCACUGCUGGGCGGAGGCGGGGGGGGGCAGGUCUCGGCGGUGAUGCACACUGCAGCGGCCGCGGGGCUGGGGGAGGAUCACAGACCCCCUGUGAAUGAUCACCUAUAAGCCAAGGGUGAAAUCCUAUACCUGAUGUAAAGAUCAGUGCUACCACGUGCACAAAAUAAACCUCCUACCAGGGCGCUGAUGGUUCCAUUUAUGCCGCUUGUACCAAGAUAUUAAUGAUCUUAGUUUAGACUGUAUUUUUAUACCACUGUGCAAAAGUAUGACGGAUAAUUCUGGAAUAAAAGGGCUGGCUUGGAAAAUGUCGCUGGAGAUGCAUACUUGCAUGCAGAUUAUGCUGUCUUUCCAAAAUACACAUCAACUUUACCUUUUUUUAAUAUAUACAUUAUAUACACACCACAGGCUCAAUUUUCCCAUAUUGGUGCUUCUCUUCAUGCUCGAACUCCUUACAUCUACAGAGUCCCUGAAGAAGCAAAACAGUUUUUCCUGAUAUUGAACAUAAUGUAUGGGAUCCUUCCCCAGCUGUUGGCUUACAGGUGUGUCAACAAGCCAGAGUUUUUUAUGAAAACAAAACAAGAAGAAAAAACAGAAUAGCACAACUGUUUUCGGCUCCUCUUUUCGGCUAUGUCUGUAAUUGGGUUGGGAUGUAGUUGAACUGCUCAGAUGGAACCCAGAUGAAGCGUGUAAGAUGUGUAAAAUUGCACAGUUGUGUAAAGUUGCAUGGUCUGUUUUGUUUAUCCUACUCAAAAAGGGAAAAUAAAGACAACUACCUUCAGUA